AGCACAGGAGGGAGAAGGUGAAGACUCAGGACAAGAAGAAGGUGAAGGGUCUGGGUAAAGAGAUCACCCUGCUGAUGCAGACCCUGAAUACUCUGAGUACACCAGAGGAGAAACUGGCAGGCCUCUGUAAGAAGUAUGCUGAUCUGCUGGAGGAGCAGCGGCACAGUCAGAAGCAAAUGCGGGUCCUACAGGAAGAAACAGUCUCAGCUGUGCAGGAGACAGACCACCUAAAGAAGGAACACAGCAAGGCUAUCCUGGCACGCAGCAAACUGGAGUCAGUCUGUAGGGAGCUGCAGAGACACAACCGCACAGUCAAGGAGGAUGGGACACAGCGUGCACGCGUGGAGGAGGAGAAGAGGAAGGUGGUGACAUCACACUUCCAGGUGACUCUGAAUGACAUCCAGGCCCAGAUGGAGCAGCAUAACGAGAGGAAUGCCAGUCUGAGGCUGGAGAACUCUGAGCUGGCAGAGAAGCUCAAGAAACUCAUCCAACAGUACGAACUACGAGAGGAGCACAUUGACAAGGUGUUCAAGCAUAAGGACCUGCAGCAGCAGUUGGUGGAUGCAAAGCUACAACAGGCUCAGGAACUGCUCCUGGAGUCUGAGGAUCGACAUCACAGAGAGAAGGACUUUCUGUUGAAGGAAGCGGUCGAGUCUCAGAGGAUGUGUGAGCUGAUGAAGCAGCAGGAAGUCCAUCUCAAACAACAGCUGUCCUUAUACACAGAGAAGUUUGAGGAGUUCCAGACUACUCUGUCCAAGAGCAAUGAGGUGUUCACCACUUUCAAACAAGAGAUGGAGAAGAUGACGAAGAAGAUCAAGAAGCUGGAGAAGGAGACGACCAUGUAUCGUUCCAGGUGGGAGAGCAGCAACAAGGCCCUGCUGAACAUGGCUGAGGAGAAAACUCUGCAGGACCGUGAGUUUGACAGCCUCCAGGGGAAGGUAGGGAAGUUGGAAAAGCUUUGCCGGGCGCUGCAGAACGAACGCAACGAACUCAGCAAGAAGGUUCAGGGCCUGAGCACCGGCCCCGGGGACAACAGCCCAGGGGCUGAAUCCCCUUCCCUACCCCCCACAGACUCCCAGGAGCCUAGCCCAGACCCUGACACCACCACCCCUAGCUCCCCAAUACCCUGCUCCCACGGCUGCCACUGCGGCCCAGAGUUGGACACUGAGAACCAGGCCUGUGCAGCCACCCUCACUGUCCAGGAAUGAGACCUCUUUGCCUGGGCAACACCGCUCAGUCUCCCCUUCACCAACUGAUUACCAACUACCAGCCUGCAAGCCAAGCCACUAUUUGUGGGAGUUAAGAGUGUGGGUCUGUAUGAUUUCCCCCAGAGUUAGAUAAAGUUGUCCCCAAACCACAGAUCUAGGAUCAGAUUCCCUUACGUCCAACUUAAAACCAAUAGGGUGGUGCAAGAACAUCUGACCCUGGGUCUGUAGUCAGUGAGCAGCUUCUACCUACUCUGGUGGCUCCUGGAGAGUUGAAGGUGAUGAUGAUGAUGGUGGUGUCAGUCAGGGACGAUUAUUGGAGGUUCUUCAUCCUGCGUGUUUUGUUUUUUUGGUAUUUUUUAAAAAUUUUCCUUUGAGACUAGUACACAAAUGUUCAUGGAAAUCACAGCUUUUAUGCGGGGCAAAGCAAGCUUAAAAAAAAGAGGCUUCAUCCCAAAUGGCACCCAAUUCCCUAUAUAGUGCACUACUUUAGACCAGAGCCCUAUGGAAGCCUAUUCCCUAUAUAGUGCACUACUUUAGACCAGAGCCCUAUGGAAGCCUAUUCCCUAUAUAGUGCACUACUUUAGACCAGAGCCCUAUGGAAGCCUAUUCUCUAUAUAGUGCACUACUUUAGACCAGAGCCCUAUGGAAGCCUAUUCCCUAUAUAGUGCACUACUUUAGACCAGAGCCCUAUGGAAGCCUAUUCUCUAUAUAGUGCACUACUUUAGACCAGAGCCCUAUGGAACCCUAUUCCCUAUAUAGUGCACUACUUUUCACCAGAGCUCUGUUGGAAUAGGGUGGUAUUUGGGACACUGGCUGCUUAGGAAGGUAAAUCUACAGUAAAGAUGUUGGGACAGGAGGGUAUUUUGUGUGUGUGUGUGUGCUUGUCUCCAUCAGUCCCUCUUUUUCGUGUGUGUGCGCGCGUCCGUGUGUCUGUCAGUCAUAGAGGUUAAGAUGUAGUGAAUCUGCAAAUGUACGGCCACAGUUAAACUUGAAUUCUAGGAUUUUUAUUUUUUCUUCUUCUUAUUAUUUUUUAAAGUUGAACACACUGAAAGCAUGGCUAACUCAUCAGCGCAUGUCGGAAUCACCUGACCUUUCGUUCGGUACAGAGAGCAGAGUGUAUAUAUCUAGGUUGGGGAUAAUCUUGCAAAAGGGGUCACUUUUCAUUCCAUUUCAGACCUUGUUUAGGUCCAGAGGAUCAAAACAUUUAAAGGGAUGGUGUAGAUAUUCUUUAUGAAUCUUGCAGUAUCGUUGGAUCCACACAAAAUGCUCUUAGACCAGGGUUUUAUUCACGAGGAACCAACUGGAAGCAAAUGGGAGGGGGGGGGAGAGAAAUGAGGAGGGACCUGAGCUGAAUUUGUCCAACAAGAAAAUAGUUUUCAUUGCUAAAUGUUUUCCGCUUGUUUGGUUUUGGGUUUGCUUCUUUAUAUCAGUGUUGGGUUUUAAUUCCGUUCAAUAGUUUUCCAUUUGGAAUUUGCCCCCGACUCUGCUUUAUAUCAUACUGUACUUUGGACCUCCUUUAUGUUGCACAGCAGAGUUUGUACCCUGUAUUUGUUUGACAUACAACUGUUAAAAAUAUAUAUAUAUCUAAGGAAGAGUCAAAACACCGCUAUAUAUAUACACAUAAAAAAAAAUAUUUUUCUUUUUUAAGUUUUCAUUUUAAGCAUUCAUUGACCAAUUUGACGUUCCUCCUCAUUCCCACAAUAUGCAAGUAUUCAUUCCACACUCGUAUGACGUGCUUUUCGAUGUCAUUCUACAACCGGUUACAAUGUAGGAUGUUUUAACGUUUUCAUGCUGGCUGUCUUUGCGAACAUGAUCGUUUAUGCUUCAGGAUGUAUAGAUUCCCACUGAAAACGGAUGUGGAAAUGUACUGACACAGGUGGCUACCAAUGAUACUUUCUCUAUUCCGUGUGUCUUUCUGAGAAUACAUAUCUUUAACAAGAUUGUAACUCACCUUGGAUAGUUUUGGUUCAAUCAGGUCAAGUAAAAUACGUUUAAACAGAUUUCUAUGCAACCUUAGCAUUGUUAUCUAGUUCUGUGUCAGUUUGAUUUGAGAAGCACUUAACUGAGAAUGUAUUAUCAACUCCCUUUCCCACUGGCCUGGGUGGGGUGUGUUCACUAGGAACCAAAUGUUAGCGAACAGAAUCUAACGGGGAGGGACCAACCUGAAUUUCUCCCAAUAGAAACUCACAUUUUUGUUGCAAAAGGUUUUUCCUGUUUGUGAGACUGUUUGUGCUACAUGUUGAACCUGAACCUCAGUGGUUAAUUGCAAAUUCUUCCUUCUAUAUAAACCGUGUCACAAAACAACUUGCUUAUUUUCUCUGUACUGUGUAGUGUUAUGUUGACACAAUGUGUAUAUGCUGUGGUGCGGUCAGUGUGUUCAUACUCUCUGGGGGGAACAUUCAGUUUUCACCAUCAGAGUUAUGUUGGAAGAAUGAUAGCUUUAUUGCAAUGAAAGUACAUGAAUCAUUUCUGUAGAGUCUAUCCUUGUUAGCAUCACAUGUCUUCCUCGUUUUAGUUUGUAGUGUUGGUCUGGCUCUGGGGGCUGCCGUUUGAGGAAUGCAAUACUCUUCUUUAUUACAUUAAAAAAUAAAUAAAGACUGACUAACUUUCCUGAGCUUCAAAUUGUGUUUUAGGGAUUCAUCCAUGUUGAUUAAGAACCCAAGAUGGUUUCUCUUAUUUUGGGGUUUUCCCCAUUUUAUUUUCCAUGUAUUUUUCUUACCCCUGUAUCCUUAAUGUCUUGCUAAUUAAAAUAUGUACAUGUUG